AUGGCGGAGCGGAGGAUCUCCUAUGCCCCCGAUGUCGAAAAUGGUGACCGUCACCGCGAGAACGACGCUGCUGAUGGCGGCAACCUCGACGAGUACUCCGCCCUGAACCGCUACAUCUCGACUGCUCGCGAUGGCCGCCGUGGCUCAACCUCUUCUGGUGCUGCUCUCAGCGAGAAGGGCGCCAAGAAGCCUUUCUGGAAGUUCUGGGGUGCCAAGGGUGAUGGUGUCGAGGAUGGCUGGCAGGCCCCCGACGAGUGGCUCGAGACCGACCUCCGCUCUGGUCUGAACUCCAGCGACAUCGAGCCCCGUCGCAAGAAGUGUGGUUGGAACGAGCUGGUGACUGAGAAGACCAACUUCUUCGUUCAGUUCAUCGGUUACUUCCGUGGUCCCAUUCUGUAUGUUAUGGAACUCGCUGUUCUGCUCGCUGCUGGUCUGCGUGACUGGAUUGAUCUCGGUGUUAUCUGUGGUAUUCUUGCGCUUAACGCUCUCGUCGGUUGGUACCAGGAGAAGCAGGCUGCCGAUGUCGUCGCUUCCCUCAAGGGUGAUAUUGCUAUGCGUGCUAUUGUUGUCCGUAACGGUCAGGAGGAGGAAAUCCUUGCCCGUGAACUUGUCACUGGUGACAUUGUCGUCGUUGAGGAGGGCACUGUCAUCCCCGCUGAUGUUCGUCUGAUCUGUGACUACGAGAAGCCUGAGAUGUUCGACACCUACAAGGAGUACCUCGUCAACGUCAACGACGACACUCUUAAGGAGAAGGCCGAGGACGAUGAUGAGGAUGAUGCUCGUGAGGCCCACCAGGGUGUCUCUCUGAUUGCUUGCGAUCAGUCCGCCAUCACUGGUGAGUCCCUCGCCGUCGACAAGUACAUGGCCGAUACCUGUUACUACACCACCGGUUGCAAGCGUGGCAAGGCCUACGGUAUCGUCACUGCUACUGCCCGCCAGUCUUUCGUCGGUAAGACUGCUGCUCUCGUCCAGGGUGCCAAGGAUUCCGGUCACUUCAAGGCUGUCAUGGACAACAUUGGUACCACCCUGCUCGUUCUCGUCAUGUUCUGGAUUCUCGCGGCCUGGAUCGGUGGUUUCUUCCGUCACUUGAGGAUCGCUACCCCCGAGGGCUCUGACAACAACUUGCUCCACUACACCCUGAUUCUGCUCAUUAUCGGUGUCCCCGUCGGUCUUCCCGUCGUUACCACCACCACCCUCGCUGUCGGUGCUGCCUACCUCGCCGAGCAGAAGGCUAUCGUCCAGAAGCUCACCGCGAUCGAGUCCCUCGCUGGUGUCGACAUUCUUUGCUCUGACAAGACCGGUACCCUCACUGCCAACCAGCUGUCUAUCCGUGAGCCCUACGUCGCCGAGGGUGUUGAUGUCAACUGGAUGAUGGCCGUUGCCGCUAUCGCUUCUUCCCACAACGUCAAGAACCUUGACCCCAUCGACAAGGUCACUAUCCUUACCCUGCGCCGCUACCCCAAGGCCCGUGAAAUUCUCUCUCGCAACUGGAUUACCGAGAAGUACACUCCUUUCGACCCCGUCUCCAAGCGUAUUACCACCAUCUGUACCUGCGAUGGUGUCCGCUACGUCUGCGCCAAGGGUGCCCCCAAGGCUAUUCUGAACAUGUCCGAGUGCUCCAAGGAGGAGGCUCAGAUGUACCGUGACAAGGCUACUGAGUUCGCUCGCCGUGGUUUCCGUUCCCUUGGUGUCGCCGUCCAGAAGGAGGGCGAGCCCUGGCAGCUUCUGGGCAUGUACCCCAUGUUCGAUCCCCCCCCGUGA